CACCAAGGGUGAUAUCAAAGCCAGAGUGUUUCCUAAAAAAACUUACAAGAAGAGCCAGUUGUGGGUGAGAGGCUCUUCUAGCAUAGGUUGGAGAUAAAGAGCGAUUAAGAACUUUUAGCUGCUUCAUUUCCUUGAUUAAAGGCUCAGUUGUGUCUUUUGAGAUCCAGUGCAGGCCUAGAAGAAAUCGGUUAUAAUCUCUUGUACCAUCAUCAUAUGUUGAACUGUGCAUCAUAAUAUAAUAGGCGAAAAUGUUAAUCCUUAAUGUGUUUAUAAAAUAUUAAAGGAGUGGAGAAAUACCAAUUACCACUCGUCUGUUACCAUCCACUAGUUACCACCUACCAUAGAUUGCAUACCUUGGAAAAACUAGGCAUACCCUGAAAGGAAGUAUUAGCAGAUAUCAAAUGAAAAGUUUCAUUACUGUACUAUACAAUAAACGGGACACAUAUUUAUGGAAUACGAUCAUGGUCUACUGUAAAACAGAACUUCAUCACAUCGUGAACAGUGGAGAUCAAACAAAAACUCUAUGAAAUUGAUAUUCAAACUUUUAUUACUAUAUACAACAGGACACAUUUCUAUGGAAUACGAUCAUGACAUCAUGAAUGUGGACAUCAAUGAAAAUUGAUAUUCUAAGUUUCAUUAUUAUGGAAUAUGAUUACUGCUUACUGUAAAACAGUGCACUGUGAACAUAAAAUUCUCAGUUUCAUUACUGUAUCACUAUGGAUUUUAAUAUUGUUACUGGUGAUGUCAACGAUAACACGACUACAUAACAGAACAAUCAGCUUGUAGACCAAGCUGGGGUCAUAGACUCUGCAAUAGAUCACGAUUAUGAACACGAUAGAGACAAACCAAAACAAGAUGGAUGACCAUCCAACAAACGGAACCGACGUUCUGAUCAAAGUUGGUAAAAAUAACGACAAAGACAAAAAUAUAGUUUCAAAGUGUUAUCCAUUAGCCAAAGAUUUUCUUCGAUACGAUUCGAACCAGGAAAUAUUUCGGCAGGUCAGUUUGCCACUUAAGAUGCAUUUAUUAUGGGGGAUGUGUGGGCCCCGUUCUCUAGCAUUCAAACAAUCGUGUGUUCGUGAUUCUACAAAACCAUGGAACAGUGUUAAACUUUCGCGUGAUAAGUUGAAGUUAAAGGAUAAGUUGGAUGAAGAGACGACUUGGAGUUUAAAUGGAACAUCAAAUAAUACCCAAUGUUGGAAGAUCCCUGAUCCAAGUAGUCAGAAAUUGUUAUGGGGGAAACCCCCGUUAUCAGUGUUAGUUGUACGUAAACUAUAUGAUGCUGAUAUUACCUACCCGUUUAAAGAUCUGGUCGUCUGGCUCAUCGAGGAGAAGAAUAUGAUGGUAUAUGCUGAUAGGGCUGCUGUCGACUGUUGUAUGAUUGACACAGAUCCAGACUUCAUCAAAAUUAAACAAAAAUUAAUCCUUUUUAACGAAGAUCAGGUCAAUUUAACAGCUAAAAUAGAUUUUGUGAUAUGUUUAGGAGGGGAUGGAACUUUAAUCCAUGCUUCAUCAUUAUUCCAGCAAAGUGUACCACCAAUCAUGGCCUUCAACAUGGGUUCGUUAGGCUUUCUUACACCAUUCCAAUUCUGUCAUUUUAAAGAAGAAAUCAACAAAUGUCUUAGAGGCAGUGCCUCAUUAUUAUUACGAUACCGCUUGAAAUGUGUGAUAAAUUGUGACAACGUGACAAGUGGAUCAUUAUCACAAACAAAAACUCAAGACUUAUCUUCAUCAUCCACACUCUGCGAUCAAAAACCAGCAAAUACAUAUCUAGUUUUAAAUGAGAUAGUUGUUGAUCGAGGUUCGACACCAUAUUUAUGUAAUAUUGAUUUAUAUAUUGAAGAAAGAUUAGUGACAUCUGUUCAGGGUGACGGAUUAAUAAUCUCCACCCCGACAGGAAGUACAGCAUAUGCUGUGGCAGCCGGAGCAUCUAUGAUUCAUCCUAAUGUUCCAUGUUUACUCAUUACACCUAUAUGUCCGCAUUCCUUGUCUUUCCGACCAGUUGUUGUUCCAGCAGGUGUAGAAAUUAAGCUGAUGUUAUCACCAGAAGCUCGUAGUUCAGCUUGGGUUUCAUUUGAUGGUAGAAACAGAAUAGAAAUAAAUCAAAGUGACAGUUUGCGUAUAACAACGGCUCGGUAUCCUAUACCAUCGAUAUGUGCCAAGGAUCAGAUGAAUGAUUGGUUUGAUGGUUUAGCCGAAUGUCUACAUUGGAAUGUCCGAAAACAACAAAAGAGUCUGCCUUCCAUGUCAUCCACGACCAGUUUAAAUAGUUUAAUAUCCGAUAGUGACACUAACAAUUAAUGUUGGAAUAGAGCUCUUCUCCAAAACACGAUUUUUAUUUUUAUAUUCCUUACUACACCUGUGGCAGGCGAUCUGAAUAUUAUUUAUUUUUAAAAACCUGAAAUAUUCUAUACUUCAUUAUCAGUUUUAAAGAAAUACCUGUUUUUUUUCUACUUUUGGGAUAAUAUCUUGUGUUUGGAAAAGAGCUCUUUUCAUGUAGUUAUUUUCUAAACUGUAUUGCUAAAAUCAAUGACUUUUAAGUUAAAAUCUAUGUGCAUCAUUUGCUUUUUUUUUUUUUGAAAAUAUCAAAUCGGUAGUCUGAAACCGCUUGCUUAUAUAGCGAUAAGAGUUAUGUUAUGCCCCUUUAUUUUCGGUAAAAAUGUCCGACAAGAAAAUUUUUGAAAUUCCAACACUGCCCUUAAGAUAACCCAAAUGUGCUCAAAACAUAAAAUUAAAAAAAGAAAAAAAAAUGUAAAUGAUGACUUCUUGAUAACACAGUCAAUGUUUGGUUUUGCCUGUUGAACUAUUUAAGAGGAUUCAGACUUUUGUAUCCAAUUCUUGGGGUUUUUUUUUUGUUGUUGUUAGUGGUCAAAGGGAUAUAACUCUUCACACAUGCAGUGGAGAGUGAAUGAUAUAUGGACGAUUGACAUUAAAAAUAUAUUUGUCUUUUAACUUUUAGAGUCUUUUUUGUUGUUUUUUUUAAUAAAAAGACGAUUUAGUAUUAAAUAGUUUAAUAUCCCAUUCUUCAUAAUGGUCAUGUGCUUGAUUACAAAACUGUUUACAUUAAAAUUGUACAUAUUUUUUACUUUUGAAAUAUAUGUCAGUGAAUAGACUUGUGGUGUCUUUAAGAAUCCUUGUGUAGUAAGAGUUAUAUCCCUUUGUGCGAUGUGUAUUAUUAGGUGAAUACUGUUGUUUUCUGUUAUACAUUGUUAAUUUAUAGGUUAAUAUUUAAAAGAUCUAUCCAUGAAAAGGUAUUUAUCAAUGAAUUUUCAUUAGAAAUACUCAUAAAUGGAUCUUACGAAUAUUUAUAGAUGAAUAUUUAUAUAGAAUUAUUUCUCCUAUUUUUAUUACCAAAAUGCUUUCAUAAUUUUGUAUAAUUAAUAAUUAAUUUGUAUAUUAUGUAGAAUGAAUUAUGUCUUUUUUUCUUUUUCUUUUUUUGCAUAAUUGUAAAUAUUUUAUGAUCUUCUUCUUGUUUUAGAGGAGUGGCAAAUCCUCUAGUAAAAGUCAAAAUCAAAUUCGUUUUUCUCUUUUAAUUGUUUUAAUCUCUUGAUAAUAUAUAUUUAUUCAACUAAUUGUUCACCACUGAAAAGGACCUCUAGCCUCUCAGGUGUAAAAUAAGUGUGACAUUUUUCAUAUCAAUCACAAUAAUGAAUUGUGUUUUUCUGAGAUCAUGUUAUCAGGGUUUCAACCCAAAACCUUGUAAGGCAAGUCCUUGUGAAAAAUACAAAAACUGAACUUUUUUCUUUGUGUUUACAUGAACCUUAUAAUAUUAUAAGGUCCAUGAUAUAACCUUUGAAUCCAGAAAAAAAAACAUGCUAUAGGCAGAUUUAAAAGAAUUAGAACUGCUUUUCAUAAUGUAAAAUCGUUUUAUUUAAAUGGCAAUAUUGUAAAUAUUUGAUGUAAGAAAUUAAUGUCCAUGCUUUACAUGGGUAACACUAAAUUGUAGCCAUCUGCAGCUUUCUGUAUCAUAUAUACAAAGUUUCUACAUUUCUCAAAUACAGAAUUUGAAUUGAAAAAUUAAAUGGCUUUUGUUUAUUAUUGAAUUAUUUGGCAACCAAUAGUUCACAUUAACGAAGUUGUGAAGGGAUAUUAUUCGAAGGAAUUGCAUGUAAUACAUAGUUUAAUUGUUUAAUUUUCAUAUUUAAUAAUCAUAUUCAAUAAUUACAAAGAUCUUAGGAUUACAAAUUUAACAGAAUAAAUGUACAUACACCUAAAUAAAUAUCACUUGAAAUAAUAAUAAUAAUAAUUUUACAUCCGGUGCAGCUAUUUGCAUUAAAAUUACAUCUUUUGGGGCUUUUAUUUCAAACAUUCUGAAAGUUACGUCUGUUAGAAAGAUAUGUAUAUCUCGUAAAUAACACUAGGUGUCAGGGACAGAUUUACUACUUGUGGGACCUAGGGGGGUUGGAUGGUUGAAUGGUUAGCGUGUGCGCGCUGUAUCAUAAUGUCUGUCAUCGAGUCAACUGGCAUGGUUUCGAUUCCCCAGUUGUCUGUGACAAGAAGUAGGGUUGCCUGUCCAACCUCGUGGGAGUAAAGAUUAGAUCUCGUAGAUAACACUUGGGGUAAAAGGGUAAAUUAUAGAUAUAACACUGUUACUAUGGUAACUUUUAGAAUGGGUUGCUGGUUAGUAUAUAGUAGAAUUCUUGUAAAUAACAGGUUUAUUUUGUCAUUAUCAAAACAAGUAACCAAUAGCUAUAGUCUAGAAGCAUUCAUCGCUGUCACUAUAAAUAGCUAUAGACUAGAAGCAUAUGUCACUAUCAGUACAAAUAGCUAUAAUCUAGAAUAUCUCACUGUCAGUACAAAUAGCUGUAAUCUAGAAGCAUAUGCGGCUGUCAGUACAAAUAGCUAUAUACAUGUAAUCUAGAAGCAUAUGCCACUAUCAGUACAAAUAGCUAUAAUCUAGAAUAUCUCACUGUCAGUACAAAUGGCUAUAAUCUAGAAGCAUAUGCCACAGUCAGUACUAAUAGCUGUAAUCUAGAAGCUUACAUGACUGUCAGCACAAAGCUGUAAUCUGAUAGCAUAUGCCGCUGUCAAUACAAAUUACUCUAGUCUAGAAGCAUACAUAUAUUUCACGGUCAGUAUAAAUAGCUAUAUACUCACGAAAUGUCACUGUUAAUACAAAUAGACAUACUCUAGAAGCAUACGUCACUGUCAGUAUAAACAUCUAUAGUGUAGAUGUCACUGUCAGUACAAAUAGCUAUACUCUAAAAGCAUAUGUUGUCGGUACUGAUAGAUAUAUUUAGAAGCAUGCGUCACUGCCAGCACAGAUAGCUGUAGAAAAGAAUUUAUGUAAAUACGGUCUGUUGGAAGGGAGAUACGUUUGGGAGAAAAUACGGAUUGUUUGGUUGGGGAGGAUAUUAGGUCGGUUGUGGAGGAGAUACGGUUGGUUGCGACUUAUCAUUCCUUGUAAAUUUCACUACUCUUGGGGCGGCUAUAUCUUGAAUUAUGUUAAGUAACCAAUUUAGAUAGGUAAAAGCGGACCAAACAAUGAUAAAAUGAUAUGUCAUGACUGAAAAACCAAAAUCCAUACAAAAAAACUCUAUUAGACAUAAUGCAACACUUACUUUGUCGGAUGCGUUAAUCUGGAGGUUUUGGCGGCCAUUUUGAAAUUGUGUCAAUUUAAAAGGGGUUGAAUAUGGUCCCACUGAAUAGCUUGCUAUCAAAAACCGAUGCAUAGACACCAAAACAAACUUCAUAUCACACUUAUAUUCAAUGUUGGACCAAUUUAUAUAACCAAUUAAGGUUAAUACCACUUUUCGUAGCUUAUCUACAAAAUUAGGUGUAAGAGAAGGGGUCGGAUUUUGAGCUACUUUCCAACUGAAUGUGAUUUUUGAGGAAAAUUUGGCUUAAUAGUGUACUUUUUGGCGUUAAACCGUGGUUAACAUGUUAGUUAUGUCUAGACAUGAUAAAUAAAUGUUCCAGUUAUAUCAAAUGUUGCCAACUCUUGAAUUAUUCCAAGAAAAUUGAAUUUUGCUAUUUUAGCGAUUGGCGUAAAACCAUUAUUAUUAAUUUGUACUUGGACUGGGAGUGUUACCCAGAUUGUUUUUUCAACCGUCCAAAGUUUUGCUGAAAUAGAGAAAUGUAUACAGCCCCCACCCCCGACUAUUGUAGAAAACCAAACUAGAACCGUUUAUAGAAUAAAGUUUUAUGAUAAAAAGAAAAUUGGACUUUUGAUAUAUUUGAUUUGACUUGAAUUUAAAAUUAUUAAUAUUUUUUGGGGGUUUUUUUUGUUAAAUUAUUUGAAAAUAAAUAUUUUAUUGGUGGUAUA